CGGUAGAAAAACAAGGACUACGGUCCAUAAAAGAGUGAAACUCCGUGGGAAAGUACUUACGACUCGCAGCCCUCCUUUGGAUUGUAGCUUGAAGAAUUUAUUGUUUAUUGAAUCUUUAUCUGUGCUUCUCCUCAAAAUAAUUAUGGCACUUCUUAUCUACCUGACGGUACUGACAACAGCAUUCAUCGCACAGGUGACUGCGAGCUGCCCAGCAGUGUGUGACUGCCCCGCCGAGCCCCUGCUUUGCCCCCCGGGAGUCAGCGCCGUGCCGGACGGAUGUGGGUGCUGCAAGGUGUGUGCCGCACAGCUUAACCAGGACUGCAGCCACGUGAGGCCAUGCGACCACCACAAGGGGCUGGAGUGUAACUACGGCAACGAUGUGACGGUGGCCUUGGGCAUCUGUCGAGCAAAGUCAGAGGGACGUACAUGCGAGUACAACGGCAGGAUCCAUCAGAAUGGAGAGAGCUUCCGCGCCGGCUGUAAACACCAGUGUACGUGCAUCGACGGCGCCGUCGGCUGCGCCCCCCUCUGCACCAACAAGUUGCCCCCGGCCUCCCCCUCCUGCCCCUACCCACGGCUGGUCAGGAUACCCAGGCAGUGCUGCUUCAGCGUGGACUGCCACAAGGGCACCUGGCUCCUCCCACCUAAGCAUCAGGCGCCUCCACCACCACAACACUUUGCCAGACGUCAGCACACGCCUGAAAACGAGUCGGCCAACGAGUUUGCAGAGGUCAAGUCCAGCGGCUGGGAGAGUGAGCAUGGCUACAAACACCUGCCUGUGUGGAGCCAUCUGAAGGAGAAGAAGUGUCCCCUCCAGAUCACGGACUGGUCCCAGUGCUCCAGCAGCUGCGGGAUGGCCGUUUCCUCUCGCGUCACCAACAAGAACCCCGAGUGCAAGCUGGAGAGGGAGACGAGAAUCUGCACCGUGCGGCCCUGUGGCGGCCCGACGGCCCCCGCCAAGAGAGGGAAAAAGUGCUCCCCGACCCAGAAGGCCGCAGAGCCCAUCCGCCUGUCCUACGGGGGAUGCGCGAGCGUCCGUCUCUACAGACCAAACUACUGCGGCGUGUGCACGGACGGGCGGUGCUGCUCGCCGCGCCGCACGCGCACCGCGCCCGUGACCUUUGUCUGCCCAGACGGCGAGCGCUUCCGGAGGUCGGCCAUGUUCAUCCAGUCGUGUAAAUGCAGCGACGACUGCGGCCACCUCAACGAAGUGGCCCUCCCUCCCCAGCAGUGGCUGUACGGAGACACGCACCAGUUCACAGACUAGUGCCGAGGGGCACUUUUUGUAUUUUCAAUUGGAAUGUGAUGUCAACUUUCUUGGUGAAUGAAGACGCUUUACGACAAGGGGCCAUUUUCUCAGCUGGCUCCCAAUGAGUCGCCUCAGAUUUAUUCUCAAUCAUAAAAGCAACCUCUUAAUUGUCAUAGUGUGACCGGAGUGAAUUUCCCGCUCCUGUUUAGAAAGACAUGAGCCCUAAAUUUGAGCCAUGAGGCGCCGCUGCAGCUGCUCAACUAUUUAACUGAAUGUUGGUUAUGGUGUUGGCUCUUCAUUUUUUUUUUUUUUUUUAUGAGACUUUCAGAUCUGCCUGAGAGGAAAAAAGCACUUUGUUCAGCACUGAAACUUAAGAACUAUCACUAACGGCAGUGCACUCUUUGUCUAAUACAAUAGCCUCACACACUGAGAUGGUGGAGGACUCUGUAUCCCACGAUGCACUGAGACUACUCAGCGACAAGCAAAAUCAUCUUUUGCGGCUUCAGAGACAGACAACCUGGGAUUUUUUUUUUUUUUUAACUGAAAAGGUUGACAAGCGGCCAUUUAUGAACACACCAACGAGUGUUCCUCAGACUGAUGAAAUGAUCUGGAACUGACAGGAGCGUUAAGCGAGGACGGGACCAACGCCCAUUGAUUUGUUUGUGCAUUAAAUGCAGCGCAGAGGAAUGAAUGUCUUUAACCUGUAUUAGAAUUAUUUUGAUCAGUAUUUUUUGCAUCAGAGUAUGUAUCGUUAUCGAAAUCUAAACCUUGCGGAUGAAGACUCUGCAGCGUAGCCGUCCCACAUUUGUUGGUCCAUGAAUGUUUUGAGUUGUUUUUUCUUUGCUUUGGCUCGAGCUCGAGCAGUAAACGGUUUGGUAAAACUGUG